CGUCACUUGGACGUUCAGUGACGUCAGACGGCACGUUUACACUUUGCAGCGAGGAAUCAAGAUGUCGUUGACGAGCUUUUUACCCGCUCCGACUCAGCUAUCCCAGGACCAACUGGAAGCUGAAGAAAGGUCGCGAGCCCAGAAGUCCAAGUCCAGUGCGCUCGUUUCGUCAAGAAGAGAACCACCACCUUAUGGCUACAGGAAGGGCUGGAUCCCUAGAUUGCUUGAGGACUUUGGAGAUGGAGGUGCUUUCCCAGAAAUCCAUGUUGCUCAGUAUCCAUUGGAAAUGGGUAGGAAAAAGAAGACCUCCAAUGCAUUGGCAGUUCAAGUUGAUGCAGAAGGCAAGAUAAAAUAUGAUGCAAUUGCACGACAAGGACAAGGAAAAGAGAAGGUUAUAUAUAGCAAAUUUUCAGAUUUGAUUCCCAAAGAAGUCCUGAAUGAAGAUGAUCCAGACCUACAGAGACCAGAUGAUGAAGCCAUCAGAGAGUUAACAGAAAAGACCAGGAGUUCCCUUGAAAAACUGGCUUCUCAGAAGAUAGCAGCUGCAAUGCCUGUUCGAGCAGCAGAUAAGCAGGCCCCUGCUCAGUAUAUACGAUAUACACCAUCUCAGCAAGGAGUUGCAUUUAAUUCUGGAGCAAAGCAAAGAGUUAUCAGGAUGGUUGAAAUGCAGAAGGAUCCUAUGGAACCUCCACGAUUCAAGAUUAAUAAAAAAAUUCCCCGUGGACCACCAUCUCCACCUGCUCCAGUUAUGCAUUCACCAAGCAGAAAGAUGACUGUGAAAGAACAGCAAGAAUGGAAGAUUCCACCGUGCAUUUCAAACUGGAAGAAUGCAAAGGGUUACACAAUUCCUUUAGACAAACGUUUAGCGGCCGAUGGCCGGGGUCUACAGACUGUUCACAUAAAUGAAAAUUUUGCAAAGCUUGCCGAAGCACUAUACAUUGCAGACAGAAAGGCUCGUGAAGCAGUAGAAAUGCGUGCUCAAGUGGAAAGAAAAAUUGCUCAGAAAGAAAAAGAGAAAAAAGAAGAAAAGCUCAGGGAAUUGGCACAAAUGGCAAGAGAUAGAAGAGCGGGCAUCAAAAGUCAUGUGGAGAAAGAAGAUGGAGAAGCUAGAGAACGUGAAGAAAUUAGGCAAGAGAGACGAAAAGAAAGGCAGCAUGACAGAAAUCUUUCUAGAGCAGCUCCUGACAAAAGAUCAAAGUUGCAGAGGGACCAAGAUAGGGAUAUUAGUGAACUUAUUGCAUUGGGACAACCCAAUCCACGCGCGUCUAAUGAAGUCCAGUUUGACCAGCGUCUCUUCAAUUCUGCAAAGGGAAUGGAUAGUGGUUUUGCAGGUGGCGAAGACGAGACCUACAAUGUCUAUGAUCAGCCUUGGAGAGGUGGGCGAGAUAUGGCUCAGAAUAUCUACAGACCUUCUAAGAGUACUGACAAAGAUAUUUAUGGAGAUGAUUUAGACACACUAAUGCAGAAUAACAGAUUUGUGCCUGAUAGAGAGUUCUCUGGCACGGACCGUAGGCAGCGAAGAGAAGGGCCUGUACAGUUUGAAGAGGAUCCAUUCGGUCUGGAUAAGUUCUUGGAGGAGGCCAAACAGCAUGGAGUCUCCAAACGGCCUGCAGAAUUUGGACGAUCCAAAGAUGACAAGAAACGAAGAAAAGAGUAAACCAUCCCAUCCCUGUUCAUAAACUACUGCAUCUGUUUCUAGUAGCAUAGCAAGCUUGUACCUGUCAAUGGCACCUAAUUCAUAGGGGAUGGUCAGUUUUUAAAAUGUUACUGUAUUUAACUUUUUUUUUUUUGGUAUCAGUCAAGCAGAUGUGUUGUAUUUAAUUCCAAUAUCAAAUAAACCUUGUAUAUAAAGA